AUGUCUAGCGGAGGUAUUAAUUUUCAUGGUAAUAGAGUGCCGAUACGACUGAGAUGUUUCGUAGCUGAUGCGCCAGCUCGAGCAUUUAUUUUAAAUCAUCGUAAUCAUAUGUCUUGUCGUCCCUGUUCCAAGUGUAAAGUUUCAGGUACACUUUAUGAAGGUCGUAAUGUCUUCAACGGUAUUAAUCAUUCCCCUCGAACCGAUGAGGAAUAUACUAGAUGCUUAGAUGAGGAUCAUCACAGAGGUAACAGUUCAUUAGCAACAUUACCAAUGAGCAUGGUUUCACAAGUUCCUUUUGAGUACAUGCACCUUAGCUUGCAUUACAAAAAUUUGUUCUUCGAAGUCCGAAUCUGUAUGGUCCAGCCUUUAAAUCUUAUAAUGUACAUGGUCUUCUUCAUCUUACCGACGAUGAAAUAUUGUCGAAAACCGGGUUUACCUCUUCAGCAAUUCUUCAAUAGGAUGACAGAGAUAGACAUUCACAGAACAGUCGAUGACCAUAAUAUGAAUUCAUCUAUUCACGUAAUUCCAUUGAGUAAUAGUGAUAUUAAUUGUCGUCAAUAUCGUAAAAUUCAAUUUAAUGGAAUAUCGUUAAGUAUAGAGGCACGUGAUAAUUGUUGCAUUUUAAAUGAUGGAUCCAUUGGUAUCAUUUUUAGCAUUGACAUGAACAAUAACUGUUAUCGUUUAGGAAUAAAAAAAUUUUUACAAAUACAGGAUUUUUAUGAUAUCGGCAUGUUAUCUUCGGCUCUCCAAAUAUACAAAUGUUCCAUAUUGAGUAACGAGAUUUCCUAUAUUCAUUCUCGACGAAGUUCUUGCAAAGUGUUAUAGGAUGCCUCUUUGGAAUUCAACAUCGACGGAAGAUAGCGACAGUAAUGAGGAUGAUUCAGAAAUAUCUGAAUAUGUUGUCGCUGUUAUCAUACAUAGUG